UCGGAGCCGCGCGCAGACACGGUCGGCGCGGCUGUUCACAGGAACCGUCGCGGCCUCCCUGGGCCCCGCGUGUGAGCGGCAGGCCCCUCGGCCGCGUGGUGCGGAGCAUGGCCGAGGAAGAGGACUACAUGUCCGAUGUCUUCGUGAAUGCCCAGGAGGACGUCAGGCCCGGGCUGCCAGUGCUCAGGCACAUCCGGGAAGCCCGGCGGAAGGAGGAGAAGCAGCAGGAGGCCAACCUGAAAAAUAAGCAGAAGAGCAUCAGAGAGGAGGAAAAGGAGAGACGCGACAUCGGGCUGAAAAAGGCUCUGGGCAGCGAGAACAAGGGCUUCGCUUUGCUCCAGAAGAUGGGCUACCGGAGCGGCCAGGCCCUGGGCAAGAGCGGUGCUGGGAUUGUUGAACCGAUUCCUCUUAACGUCAAAACCGGGAAGAGCGGCGUGGGCCACGAGGCGCUGCUGAAGCGGAGAGCGGCGCAGAGGCGGGAGCGCGCGCUGCGGUGGGCGCGGCUGCAGAGCCUGGCCGCGGAGCGCGCCGCCGAGCAGUUCCGAUUGCGCCUCAAGACGAAGCAGGACGAGGCGAAGCUGGACGCCGACCUGCGCAGGAGCCAGCGAGCCUGCCAGCAGCUGGACACGCAGAAGCAAAUCCAGGUUCCCAGGGAGCCGUGGUACUGGCUGAGGCCGGAAGACGAGGCUGAGGAGGAGGAGGAGGAGGAGGAGGAGAAAGAUCAAGAUGAAGAUGAAAUUCCGAGUGACGAGCUGAGCGUGCUGGAGAAGCUGCGGCUCCUGACCGGGUACCUCAGAGAGGAGCACCUGUACUGCAUCUGGUGUGGGACGGCCUAUGAGAAUCAAGAAGACCUUUCUUCCAACUGCCCGGGGCCAACCUCUGCCGACCACGACUGACCAAGUCUCCCUCUGCCGACCACGACGACUGACCCAGUCUCCGUAAAGAAACAACCUGACGAGUGUAGUUCCCCAGACACAAACAAAACCAGUUCCCCGGUUCCUCCUGCAGUCUCGUGUUUGCUUCCACUUGUACUUCUGGAGAACUUUGCCCUCGAGACUGAGUGCCCGCGCAAAGCCGGUGGCCAGUGUGUGCGCUGCCAGUGCAGGACUGGGCUCGGCAGGUGCCGGGGCUCGGGGUGAACCCGGGGAACUCGGCUGCCUUCGGAGCACCGAGAGCGCCAGCUUUGUUCCCGGGGAGGCUGUGCAGGACAGGGACACCCCCUGUCUCCUGUGAUCACUGAGUUCUUGGGCAAAGGACCACCAGAAAGAAGCAGAGCCAAGCGCUCACUGCUCCCAGACUCGCCCAUGGAGGGACUGAGGCUCGGAGAACAGCACCUUAGAGGCCUGGGCCCAAGGAACUGGAAUAAUUUCCCUUCCCUCCGCAGAAGCACACGGGAGGGAGGGUCCCCUGCAGUGAGACUGUUGGCAGAGACAGCCAUCCAGAGACACCUCUGAAAUCCAGUCAGCCUGAGGCACUCACCGCGCCAGACCUAGAAUGGCCGGGCAGGAGAUACCAUAGCCCACUCGCCUUUCCCACGCUGCCCUGGGUUCGAUCCCCGAGGCCGCCUCUGCCCCACCCCGGAGCCCCUGCAAGGACAGCCCUGAGCCAGGAGGAAGCCCUGAGCACCCGGGUGUGGCCCAGAAGAGCCUUAAUGGCAGUGUGCGAUGUUACCGAUGCACUUUUAAAGGCGUUUAAGAAUCGGGAGGUUUGGUAAAUGUGUGACCCAACAAACUUGCUGAAUUUCAGAACGUCCUGACAUUUUUGUGUACGUUCACAAGAUUGGAAUUUGUAUAGUUGGCUACUGUCUUUUAAUACUUUUGGUGUUCGAGAAAUAAAACCAUGCUAGCAG